GAGCUCUCUGCGCGGCGAGCCCCGAGGGCGGCGACGGCGGUUUCACGUGUUCCCCGUGCCGGGUGGAAGCCGUUGGCGGCCCCGGCUUGAGAGGACAAGAGUUAAAACCGCCCUGGGAUUGAGAGUAUCUAGUCAGAUAGAUAAAAAUGGUAUUUUUCACAUGCAAUGCAUGUGGUGAAUCAAUAAAGAAAAUACAAGUGGAGAAGCACGUGUCUGUGUGCAGAAACUGCGAGUGCCUUUCUUGUAUUGACUGUGGUAAAGACUUCUGGGGCGAUGACUAUAAAAGCCACGUGAAGUGCAUCAGUGAAGACCAGAAGUAUGGAGGCAAGGGCUACGAGGGGAAGGCCCACAAAGGGGAUGUGAAGCAACAGGCCUGGAUCCAGAAAAUUAAUGAAUUAAUGAAGAAACCCAAUGUCAGCCCCAAAGUGAGAGAACUUUUAGAGCAAAUCAGUGCUUUUGACAACAUUCCUAGAAAAAAAGCAAAAUUUCAGAACUGGAUGAAGAAUAGUUUAAAAGUUCAUAAUGAGUCUGUCCUGGAGCAGGUGUGGAGUAUCUUUUCUGACGCUUCCAGCAGUGAUCCAGAACAGCAGCCAUCCAACCAAGCAGAGAAACCGCAGGCCGAAGUCUCCACCAAGGUUCUGUCCUUGAAGGCAAAUGGCCCCACAGAUGAGCAAGCAGAAGUAAAGAAGAAUAAAAGAGAAAGAAAGGAAGAACGGCAGAAGAAUAGAAAAAGGGAAAAGAAAGAACUGAAACUAGAAAAAUGCCAAGAAAAUGUGAGCGGCCAGAAGCCUAAGAAGCGCAAACAGGGCCUGGAGGCGGAGGAGACCCCCAUGACCAAUGGCCUGGCAGGGAAGAAGAAGAAGAAGAAGGGCCAGGGCAAGUGGGCCGCGGCACAGGGCGCCGACAGAGCGAGGGCUCCCGGGGAGGUCGCCAACAAAGAAGAGGCAAAGGCAGUGGCAGGAAAAAGGAAGCGGAGGCCUACAGAAACUGAAGCAGACUCUAAGAAGAAAAUGAAGUUUCCAGAUCAUCCUGAGGAUGGAGAAGCGGAGGAUCUCGAGGCUCCUGGGAAAGGGGUUCCAGUCCAUUGGGCCUGUGGUAAGACAGAGCAUCAUGGAGGGGACACGGGGUGCAGCCACACUGCCUGUACCACAACCAGGAAGCAGAAGGAAGAAGAGAACAAGCCCCUUUAUCCCCCUGAAGGAAAAUUCAACUGGAAGGGAACGAUUAAGGCGGUUCUGAGGCAGGCCCCUGACAACCAACUCUCAGUGAAAAAGCUAAAGAAAAAGGUUUUAGCUCAGUAUCACACGGUGAUGAAUGACCGCCACAGAUCGGAGGAGGAACUCCUAGUCAUCUUCAACAAGAAAAUCAGCAAGAAUCCAACCUUUAAGUUGAUAAAGGACAAAGUCAAGCUUAUGGAAUGAGAUUUCCAGUGUCACUGUGGAUUCUUCUUUUACUGCUCUUUGUAAAACUUGGAGUGAAUGAUAACUCAGAUUUUACUUUCUAAACAUGUAUUUUUAAGUUAAGGAACAUAUAUUUUUGUUAGAACUUUUAUGGAAAAAUAAAAUAUAU